AUGAAGAUGGUCGUUACGAACUCGUUCAAAGAAGUGCAAAAUAAAGGACUUUUCUCUCUUUUUAAAGGGUUGCAAUUAACCCUUUGGCGCGAUGUUCCAUUCAGCGGAAUAUAUUGGUCUUCUUACGAAUACCUCAACGGCAGAUUACAACGGCUGCAAAUUUUCAGCUCGCCAGAGCACGAGCAUGCCGAAAUAUUUGCUAGAUCAUUUAUCAGCGGCUCUCUCUCUGGCGUGCUGGCAGCAAUUUUUACCAAUCCUUUUGACGUUGGGAAAACACGUCUUCAAGUAACUUUGGAAGAUGCCGGGUCUUUGAACAAGCUUGUGAACUCAAAAAGCACCAAAGAAUCGAUGUUCAAAUCGUUGCAUACCAUCUAUAAAAACGAGGGCAUGAGCUCGCUCUUUGUGGGUCUAGCUCCACGAUGCCUGAAAAUUGCGCCUUCGUGUGCUAUAAUGAUCUCCACGUACGAAAUCAGCAAAAAAUUAUUUGCAGACAUGUUAUAA